CCAACGUGCGUUUAUUUAAUGACUAGAAUUGCUGUCCAUAUGGAGAUUGAAGGGACUGCUCAUUGCCCCGCACAAGUAAUGCUUGCCGCUGCCUUGGGAUGUGAAGAGUUGGGAAUUGCGAACAAAUUACUAGCCCAAAGUAUAUUUGGAUUAUGGCUAACUAGCGGACUUUUGGAUAUUCAGUUAAAAUCUCAUCAUCGGCCUUAUCUGGUAAGAAUAACAUGGCAGUCUCUACUGGAUAAAUUUAGCCAUGGUAAUCCAAUCGAAAAAAAGUUUGACGAACCUAUGAUUAUGCUUAAACGAAACGUUUUUUUUUCAAAACGUGAUGAGGAAAAAAUCAAGGAUCACCGCAUUUUAGAGUUAUUGUAUGAAGAAGCCAAAUAUAACGUGUUAUCUGGCCGAUACGUUAUGGAGCCAGUUCAUGCUUUAAUGCUUGGUGGCAUACAAGCACGAAUCGAGUUAGGUCCGUAUAACCCACAUACGCACACUGUUAGUUUUUUAAGGGAAAACCAAUUAAGAUUCCUACCACAUCAUGUUGCAAAAAGUACGAAUUGGUCAUGGCUGCCCGUUAGUCGAAAAAACUCAGCUGAAGUUAAAUUGCUUGAACAAUUCAAACGCGUUCCUCAGACAGCGACGACGAAAAAACUCAUACGCAAAUAUUUAGAAUUUUGUUGGGCACUUCCGUUUUAUGGAGCGGCAUUCUUUUAUGGCCAAGUAGAGCAGCCUGUUCGCGGUCUUAUGAGUUUGGUAAGCCAUAAGGAUGUUGAAGUACUUACAGCAGUCAAUGAGCGUGGGCUUUUUAUUAUCGAUCCUGUAGAAUGGACUCUCCUUCUAGGAUUACGGUAUGAUGAUUUGUCGUGGGACUUUGCCAAACCAAGUGUUACUAACGAUCCUGACUGCCAGACUUGUAUUUUUAUUCAAUCGGAGCCAGGAAACGAAGCGGUGUAUUCCGAAUGUGAAGACUCAUCCGGUGAAUCAUGUAUUGCCGAAAUUUCCCGUGGCGCUGAUCGCUGUCUAUCCGAACGGGUUCUUUCCGGACGGGGUGUGGCAACAAUGACCGAAUGUGGUGCAAUUCGCUGA